UGGAACCAAAAUUAAAUCACAAAUCGAUUAAGUAAUGACUGUUUUUCACGACGAAAUAGAAAUCGAAGAUUUCGAAUACGACGAAGAAGAGGAAAUUUACUAUUACCCUUGCCCAUGCGGUGACAGAUUUCAAAUAUCAAAAAAUUGCUUGCGGGCGAAGAAGUAGCAACCUGUCCGAGUUGUUCCUUGGUAGUUAAAGUAAUUUACGACCAGGAGACGUUCCAGGAGGAGCAGAAUGAAGUCAAAAAACUAACAGAAGAUUUGAAAAAAUUAGAAGUGACUAAAUAAAAAUGAGCGGUAGAGGCGGGCGAGGGGGCCGUGGCCGCGGGGGCAUUAGCAAAUCAUUCAACAGGGAGCAGUUGAAUGCCAUGGGAAUUGUUGGUAAUGAGGUUUUACCAGGACCUGUCACGCAACCGCCCCCUCUUUAUCCGCUACUAGACCGACACCCCGUGCCUCUAAACCCAUCUGUAGAAACAGAUUAUCUGUUAAUUUUAAAACAGGACUUAAUAGAUCACAUGCAGCUGUCACCAUCGUAUUUAAAACUGCCUCACGAUAAAAAUAAACAACCUGAACAGGAAAUUGACAAAUUGGUGGCACAGUUGCCAAGCGUGAAAGAGAAAUAUGACUGGAAAUUAUUCCCCUCAGAACUCAGACCCAAAGUUUUGGCCAAGAGAAUGAAUAAAAAAGCCGAUAAAAACGUCGAUGUACAGCAAAAGCUUAAACAGUUGGAGCAACUGGAGGAGAAGGAUGACAGUAAAGCAGCCAAGGACGAUGAGGAAGAGGAAAAUGUUGAAGAUGAAGAGAUUGUUGAAGAGGAACAAGAUGAAGAAAUGGAUGAUGGCACGGAUUACGCAAACAAUUACUUCGACAAUGGUGAAGAUUAUGAAGAUGAAGAUGAUAAUUUGGAUGAUGGGCCCAUUUAUUAAUUUAUUUUUACAAAGUGUAUAUAGCGACUUAAGAAAUAGUAAAUUAAAAGUUUUUAUUUUCAAAUAA